CUGGAUCACUUCUUAGAUUAGCCCGCACUGCAUGAGUCAUGUCUGAUCAGACACCAUGAGCCCAUCGAUGAUAUCUUAACUGUCACCAACAAGAUCUUGCAUCCACACGGCAUAUAGUCUGAACAAAUCAAGACGAAGCCAGCAGGACAUAGUGAGGCACAGUGACAAAGCAGGCACGAAAAGUCAUGAUGCACUCAAAUGACUCUCAUGCCUUCACAAGUUCGUAGUGCACACCAAGGUACCGUGCAUGCCAAGCAGGCACAGCGCGCUGUAAUGCAUCGGGUACAAGCCAAAUCCUACGAGUUCUUCAAGAUGGCACACCUCUGCUAACUUGUAUGUCCAGCACACCAAAAAGAAUCUAAAGCAGCCUCUACAAGGCAUUUUUCAAUGCUACAGCCCCGAGGCACAGAGAACAAUGUCCAAGGCCAACAGGAGUUCUGAUGCUACCCUAUAAAUCAUGUCACUCACAAACAAGUCAACUCGUUCAGUCCAAACCAGGGCCCACAGGGAUGUGGCUGUCCACAAAUCUACUACCUACAGCAAUGCAGAGACACAUGAACAGCAAAAGCACCAGAACAUUGCAGGUGUGACGUCAUCCUCUAUCGAAUGGAGCAAUCUGCCAUGAGGGCUGCGGUGCAAUUGCUUUGGCUUUCCAGUACGCUAGACUCAGAAGCCUUCUAUGUUGCACUUGGUAGCAGGAUACUCACUGGAUGGGAUCUUCUCGUUGUGUACACUGCAGCCAAAAGGCCACGUGUCAUCAUACCAGCACUUCUGCCUAACACAUGC